GAUCCCCCAGAUAUCCUUCCUUGAACCCCCCCCCUCGAUGGCCUUCGUGUCGCAGGCUCGCUCUACCUCGAAUGCAUAGUGAUAAGCACCAUCGCUUUGGACCGCUCCAGAUCUCCCCUUCAUACCAGCAAUUGCAGAGUUCGGUCUUCCGACAACGCAACCCCCUAUGAACGCUCAUUCAGGGACCAUGUCGCCUGUCUCCGUAGACGGGAGUGACUGGUCCGGCAUCAAUCAGUACCAGAAGUCGGAUCCCCCCUUCUCCCCGACUUACUCGACUCGCAGCAACCUCGCCACACCCCCGACCUCAGGUGUUCCCAGUGGAUCUAGCGGCGCAGGACUUCCAAACGGUGCCACCGGGCCCGUCAGUGACGCGGGAAACCCGUCUCCCCCAAGCUCGGUGGCCGCGCGAUCGAGUGAUGGAACAUUGGGCGAUCAACGCAGCAAGCGACAGAAGAGGAUGGAGGAAGUCCUCGGGCAACACUAUGUUGCCCUUAGGCGAUUUCUCCAUGCGUCUUACCGCGAUGACAGAGGGAACAACAAGUCCAGCAAAGCCCGGGAUAAAUUGUUGCGGCUCUCCUCGACUCAGUUUCACGAGUUGAGUACCGAUGUGUUUGAUGAAUUGCUCCGACGCCAGCAAGCCAUGCCGUCUCCGAAUCGACCUCCUCGCCCCGAUGUCCCUCCGUUUUUACCGCCGCGAAAGGACUUCCAUGAAAAGCGCAACCAGGCGCGCCAGAAGCUUGCUUCGCUUCAGCACCAACGGUUCCGGGACCUGGCGACCGAUGUCUACACUGAGCUGGAGCGACGAUUCCCUCACUUCCCUUCACGGGAAUCUCGCCGGUUGAGUCCGGCUCCUAGUUUUCGCGGACGGCCAUCCAACGGCUACCCGCCGAAUGGGUACCCUCCGACCCCAGGAGGUCCGCGUUCGCAGUCUCGCGGACCCCCGUCCCGGAUGGGGUACCACCCGUCUGGUGGCCCUCCGGCUAGUCCAAUGUAUCCCCCACGUCAAGGGUCUCUUGGUGGGCCACCUCCCGGCAUGAACGGGGAUGGUGGUCCGAUGGCCAAAUCUUUCCAGAGCAACACCAUUGUUCCAAACAAGAGUACGAUGGUCGAGGAUGACGAUGAUGCCGCUGGUACAGAGGACGAUUACGAUGCGCGGAGCGACGCAUUCGCUCUGGAUGCGGUUCUGCAAAGUAGACGAGGGACUGGGGCGACUCUGGCGGACGCGGACAGGAAAGCCUUGGCGGAGACUCAAUCGCAGGUGUCUGCUCUGCAGGAUAAGGUGAACAAACUAGAGGACCUACUCAAGAGCAAGGAUGAGGAAAUAUCCAAGUAUCAGGAAGAUCAGAACAAGGUUGAGACGUUGGAGGAAUUGGUGAAGUCCAAGGACGAGGAACUCUUGAAGUACCAGGAAGACCAGAAUACGUCCGAGGUCAGUAGUGCAGAACGCCAAGAAUGGGAGGCUCUGAAGUCGGAUCUGGAGCGCAAAAUCUCUCAAGCCGAGGAUCUGAACAGCUCUCUGCAGUUUGAGCUAGAUAAAGUUCGGGCUGACCAUGAAGCCAUGGAGUCGGACCUUCGGAACCAACUUGGGGAGGUGUCGCAGCAAAGCACCGGAAAUCCGGAGCUCGAGGCCCGCUUCGCUGAUCUUGAGAUCAAGCACCAGAGUCUGCAGACUGAGCUCCAAGAGCAACAACAUGUGACGGAAGAGGUCAGGCGCGAGGCUGCUGGCUUUUUGAGGGAGAUGAGGGCGUUGUCGGAGCAAAGCCAGUCCCGGUGGGAGCAUGAAGAGCGACUGACUACCGAGGUCCACAAAUUAGAGGAGCAAGUGAAGCAGUGGAAGACUCGGUAUGAGAAGGCAAAGGCUCAGCUACAGCACCUCCGCACAUCCUCCAUUGGUAUCACGGAAAUCCGCCCAGACCCUACAAGCAUCGCCAAGGAUCCGGAGUUCUUCCAUGAGGAUGGCUUGGUCAAGGAUGUUCAUGUCGCCAAGUUUCAAGUCGCCAUUGACGAAUUGCUACACAUUGCGCGCAAUGAUGAUUACCACAUUGUCACACGGCAGAUCAAUGCUGUCGUGAUUGCGGUACGGCAUUUGCUGCAUGACGUCCAGGAAUGCCAGGAUCCCAGCGACGGGUUGUCGGCGCUGCGUAGCAAGGCUAUCAGCAAGUUAUCUGCCACUGCGAACAACCUGAUCACAGCCGCCAAGAACUUUGUGUCCUCCAAUGGGCUAUCGCCAGUUUCCCUCCUGGACGCUGCUGCUUCUCAUCUCUCAACGGCUGUCAUUGAACUCAUCCGCCUGGUGAAGAUCCGGUCCACCCCAGCAGAGGAUCCCCAUGAGAACGAUGAAGAUGCGCAGUUUACUCAGAUGAAGUCUCCGGACUACUUCAGCGUGGCCCCUAGCCAAAGCCGACACAGCCGCAAUGAGUCCGUCUACAGCGCUAUGAGUCCUCCGCCUGAUGCUCCCAAUGGUAUGCCAGCAGCAAUGCAAAGCUAUCCCUCGCAGUCUGAGACCCACGAGCUUCAGGAGAUGAAGCUUUACGUUGAGGAUCAGACGAAUGGUGUCGUUCAGUCGAUCCAAGCCCUCAUUGACAGUAUCCGGGCCGACCGUGGUCUAACCGCGAUAAACACCCACGUUUCUGCUAUAUCUUCCGUGGUGACGAAUGUCACCUCCUCAACCCAACACUUUGUCAAAAGACCCGAGGCCAACCCGGCUCUCCGGCAACGCAUCGAACCGAUUAUCGAGAUGCUGGAAUAUCACAAGCACCGCCUUAUGGGAGCCGCAGCCGGGGGGGAGGCUUCGACCAGCCCGGAACAGCUUCGUGAGGUGACCAACAAGCUUCCGCCUAUCGCUUUCGAAAUUCCCCGGGUGACAAAGGAGCUUGCUCACCAAUUGGACCCCGCUAAUUUCGAAGAAGAGGACGACUUUCGGUAGUCGGCCUCACGGUCUUCAUGAUACUUUCUUUCGUUCCAGCUUCUUCACAGUGGCCUGAGAGUUGCUCGGGCGUUUUCUCCUUACUUUCC